AGCCAGCGCCAAUGGGCGGGCUCCCGCAGCCCUCCGAGCCGAGCCGACCAGCGCCGGGAGGGAGCGAGGGAGCGUAGCCCAGCCAGAGGCGAGCGGCUGGUGGCGCCAUGGCAUGCGCGGGGCUGCUCACCGUGUGCCUGCUCCGGCCGCCAGCCCCCCGGGCCCCGCGCCCACCGGAGCCCGCGCCGGACAAUAGGCCCGCUGGACAUGCUCUCUUCCAGGACGUGUUCCGCAGAGCCGACAAGAACGACGACGGGAAGCUCUCGUUUGAGGAAUUCCAGAAUUACUUUGCCGACGGGGUCCUCAGCGCGGGGGAGCUGCGGGAGCUCUUCAGUGGCAUUGAUGGGCGUCCUGCCGCCAACGUAGAAACGGAGAAACUGUGUGACUACUUCUCGGAACACCUGGGUGUCUACCGGCCUGUGCUGGCCGCGCUGGAGUCGCUCAACCGGGCCGUGCUCACCGCCAUGGACACCACCAAGCUGGAGUACGAGCAGGCCUCCAAAGUGGACCAGUUCGUGACGCGCUUCCUGCUGCGAGAGACGGCGAGCCAGCUGCAGGCCCUGCAGAGCUCCCUGGAGGGGGCAUCCGACACGCUGGAGGCCCAGGCCCGCGACCUGCGGUCAGAUGAAGAGAGUGCUGAAGUGCAGAGCAGGCCCCGCGGCAGCCGGCGGGCAGGGCGCAGGGCCCUGAGAAUUGUCCCUCGGUCGCCUACCUGGUCUCCUGGCUGCUCGGACACAGGACGCAGCUCGGAGGCCGAGUCGCAGUGGCGGCUCCAGGUCAGCCGUCUCCAGGAGCUCAUCGAUCAGCUUGAGUGCAAGGCCCCCCGGCUGGAACCCCUGCAGGAAGAGGACCUGGCCAAGGGGCCUGGCCCGGUGAGGCAGCACAUCCUGGUGGCCCAGAGGCAGGUGCAGGUGGCAGAGGAGGCCCUGAAGGACUUCCACCGGGCCCUGUGCUGCUACAUGGACUUCACGGGGGCCCAGAGCCGUUGUCUGCAUGUGUCCGCCCAGAAGAUGCUGGAGCAGGCCUCCUUCACCCUGUAUGAGUUCUGGCAGGACGAGGCCUCCUGGAGAAGGCACCAGCAGGCCCCCUGCAGCAAGGCCUUCCAGCGCAUCCUCAUCGACCACCUGCGGGCUCCAGACACCCUCACCACCGUGUCCUUCCCAGCCUCCUGGUGGGUCAUGAAUAACAACUGAACCCGACCUGCAAAAGCCAAGGGCCCUGCCUGCCUCCCCGGGAGCUUCUGAACGGGUCAACUCGGCACCCAGCCCGGGCCCGGCCAGCUGCUGGAGGCCUGAGCCCAGGGACCAGGGACCGGGCUGCUUGCUUCCUUUCUCCAUCCGCGGAUUCUGUUUGUAGCUUCGGCCUCCAGGGCACGCUGACUUGCACCCGGCUCAGGAGGCGUGGACUCUGGUCCCUCUGCCCCUGCCUUGCUGUGUGACCCAGGGCAGUCCCUUCCCACUUGGGCUGCCUAGCGGGUGUCCUGUUUCCUUCCUGCUGUCUUGGGACCAGGCUUCUGCUCUUCCCCAAGCAGCAGCAGAACCAGGGCUGAUGCUCAGGGAACCCCGACCCCUGGAACCUCGUGCCCUGAGGCCGGGCCGGAUCGGUCUGCAGCGUGGGGUAAGGACCUGGGCGUGCCCACCACCCUCCUGGGCUGGCUCCAGACUCUUCCAGCACCCAUGCCUGCACCAGGCACCUGAGGAGGAUCCUGGGUUGGUUUGCAUGUCAUCUGCAUAUCAUCUGCAUGUUCUCACCCCGUCCAUUCUCAGGGCACUAGGGGAAGCCCCAAGGUGACCUUGUCAAGUAGCAAUAAUUUGGGCCCAGAGAUGCCUGCUGCCCACAGAGACCUCUGAACCCUGGCCUGGACUCCAACUCAGAGGCAAUAAAGGCAGUGGUCACCUCUG